AUGGCCGACCGCGAGCAGCCCUACGACCCGUACAUCCCUUCCGGCGGCGCCGGCCAGCAGGGCGCAGGAGGCCAGAAUGGCAACGUGCGCACUGCCGCUCUCCAGGCGGAAAUCGACAGCACCGUAGGCAUCAUGCGCGACAACAUCAACAAGGUCUCUGAGCGUGGUGCCCGUCUCGACUCGCUGCAGGACAAGACCGACAACCUUGCUGUCUCCGCACAGGGCUUCAGGAGGGGCGCCAACCGCGUGCGCAAGCAGAUGUGGUGGAAGGACAUGAAGAUGCGCAUGUGCCUGAUUGUCGGCAUCAUCAUCCUGCUCGUUGUCAUCAUUGUCCCCUCUGUCGUCGCAACGCAGAAGAAGUAA